UUACGAAGAUUACUCAAGCGGAAAAUUAUAAAUGAAAGUUAAGUAGAUACUUUAAAAAUUAAAAGGUUUCUUUAAAUUUACUAUUUUAUGAUGAUAUUCUUUACCACCAAGAUCUAUGAGUGCCAUGAUUAGUUUACGUAUUUGCUAACUGAUAUUACUUAAUUUGUAUUUUUUUUAAACAUAUCUUUUUAUUACAGAUAUAAUAGCAUUAAAUUACAUUUUACAGUUAUCGAUUGGGUUGCAGAAAUGGAGAUUAUUUUAAGGCAGCAACGUAAUCGGAUUCCAGAUCGUUAAGAAGCGGACGAAUUUUAUGGUCGCCGUAGUUUUCCUUGCCAUGCUCGCGUGCUUCGUAGCCGCGGAUAAGUACACAACGAAAUACGACAACAUCGAUGUGGACCAGAUCCUGAAGAGUGAUCGUCUUCUCAACAACUACGUAAACUGUCUUUUGGAUGUUGGCAAUUGCACGCCCGAUGGACACGAGCUCAAGAAAUCUCUCCCUGAUGCAUUGGCAAACGGUUGUAACAAGUGUAGCGAGAAACAGAAGGCCGGUAGCGAGAAGGUCAUUCGGUAUCUUGUCAACCAGCGACCGAAACUUUGGGAAAAAUUGUCUGCGAAAUACGAUCCGACCGGAGAAUAUAAAGAGAAAUUCCAGAACGAGGCGGAGAAGCAUGGGAUCGUGCUGUAAACUUGAUCGGAGUUAUUACGAAAUCAUGAAGUGACCAUUAAAACAGGAGGUUUAUGCUGUUUUCCAUA